GCGAUCCGCGGGCGCGCAGGGGAUGCUGGCUGCCGGCCCUGCCCCUCCGCUCCGCGGGGCUGGCUCGGCAGCGCGCAGGGGUUUGGUCUGAGGCGCGGUUCCCGCCCGCGGCGGUGCCGAUGGAUGUGACGCGCACGGCGGUGGCGGCGGCGGCGCUCCCCCUGCGCCGGCAGGGAGGCGGCCCUGCGCCCGGCGCCGCCUGCCCGGCCGCGCCGUGACCGGGGCUGCGCCGGAGGAGGGACAGGCUCGGCGGGUUGGCCCGGGGCUCCGAGGGGAGGGGUGUGUGUGACAGCGCGGUGCCGGGCGCGGAGGGGCCGCGGGGCGGUGGUGGGGCUCGGUAGUGCCGGGGCGCUCGGCGGCAGAGCCCCGCGUUGCCUCCCUGCCGGCCGGCCUGCGCAGGGCGCGGCGGGGGCCAUGCCGGCCAUGCCCUGACGGGCCGGCGAGCGGACGGGCGCCGCCGGCGAGCGGGAGCCGCGGCAGCGGGAGCCGCCGGCGGCGCAUCGGCCGCAGCCGGCGAGGCCCCCGGGAGCCGCAGCCGCUAUGGCUGGGCCCGGCCUCUGGACGAGCAUCAAGUCCCUGCUGCGGAGGAGCGAGGACCCCUUGUUCCUGAACGACUCCAGUGCCUUCGACUUCUCGGACGAGGUGGGGGACGAGGACUUCCCCAGGUUUAACAAGCUGCGAGUGGUGGUGUCGGACGACGGUUCGGAGGCGGCCCCGGAGCCGCCGGUGAACGGGGCGCCCCUGGGCCUGCCCUCCGACGAGGACUCGCUGCUGGAGCGGGACGUGGCCCCGCGCAGCGCGCGGGCCGGGCGGCCCGACCCCUGCAGCGGCUGCAGCAGCCGGCGGGAGCGCUCCAAGCAGAGGAAGGUGAAGAAGCGGCUGACGCUCGCUGCCCUCCUCUACCUCCUCUUCAUGACGGGGGAGCUCAUAGGUGGAUAUGUUGCUAACAGUCUAGCAAUUAUGACAGAUGCACUUCAUAUGUUAACUGACCUUAGCGGUAUUAUUUUGACCCUGCUUGCUCUCUGGCUGUCUGCAAAAUCUCCUACGAAGAGGUUCACUUUUGGAUUUCAUCGCUUAGAAGUAUUGUCAGCCAUCAUUAGUGUAUUGCUGGUUUAUAUCCUUAUGGCAUUCCUCUUGUAUGAAGCUGUUCAAAGAACUAUCCAUAUGGACUAUGAAAUAAAUGGCGAUAUCAUGCUGAUUACAGCAGCUGUUGGUGUUGCAGUUAACUUAAUAAUGGGUUUUUUGCUGAAUCAGUCUGGCCACCUUCACUCCCACUCCCAUUCCCACCCUCGCUCUCAUGUACCUCAGUCAAACUCUCCUAACGCAGCCCACAGCAGCAGCCAUGGACACAGCAGCCUUGCCGUGAGAGCAGCGUUUGUACAUGCCCUUGGGGACCUGGUACAAAGUAUUGGUGUGCUCGUAGCUGCAUAUAUCAUACGCUUUAAGCCAGAAUACAAGAUUGCCGAUCCUAUAUGUACCUAUGUAUUCUCCAUAUUGGUGGUUUUGACAACAGUUCGAAUUCUGUGUGACACAGGAGUUAUUAUUCUGGAAGGAGUUCCAAGGCAUUUAAACGUGGAUCGCAUCAAGGAAGACUUGAUGAAAAUUGAAGAUGUUUAUUCUAUAGAAGAUUUAAAUGUUUGGUCUCUCACUGCAGGAAAAACAACUGCCAUAGUCCACUUGCAACUAGUCCCUGGUAGUUCAUCUAAAUGGGAGGAAGUUCAGUCCAAGGCCCGACAACUGCUGCUGAACACAUUCGGAAUGUACAAGUGCUCUGUCCAGCUUCAGAGUUACAAACAGGAAAUAAGCAAAACCUGCGCAAGUUGUCAGAGUUCCAGUGCCUAAUUUCUUAUGUUUUGGGAACUGCUGCCUUAUUCUUUAUCUUGUAGUCAAAGACUGAGAGCAAUAAAUGCAAAAUGAAAAUGAUAAAA